CUGCGGUGGGAAGCCAGUGACUAACCGCUUGAACUAUGGCACAGCCUCCUUUGAUAGUUACUCUGACAGAAUUUGCAAGUGACUUACUAUCCAGAUCCAACCGUAGUUUCCAUUUUAUUUUGAGGUACGUGUUAACAGUGUUCAUACAGCUGUAUCAAUAAGCAUAUAGGCCUACUAAUAAUAUUUGUAUCUUUGCACAGGUUCUAGAGUUCUGCCCUCUACAAUAAUGUGGAAUCCUAUUAACAUUCUCAGUCUUGCAAAGAUGAAGUAUGAAGAAAGUGAUAUGAAAGCGAAAUCAUCGAAUUCUCCUAAGACGUACAUGUGUGAUUUGCUGGUAAUUUCUUGGACAUUCAUUCGAUGGAAACUGUGGAUACAUUAGAAGAAAUAGAAAAUAACUCUGACGGUUCAGGAAGUUGCGAUUCAAGUGAAGAAAGUUGUGCCAAUCAGAGUACGCAACAAGAAUACCUUCCUAGCCAAAAGAAACAAAAGACUGAAAUAGCUUUCAGUGACAAGCAAAAGGCUGUGAAAUUUCGAUUAAAUGAAGGCGGGAAAAAAACGCUUAGGCCUCUUUUAUACUUGCAUGCCGCAUGCCACAUGCCACAUGCCUGAAGUCAGGCGUGCGGCGGUUAAGUAUAAAAUGGUUUUGUCAGUCGAGCGUGUGCCAUGGCAGGGUUCGCAACUAAAGCGGUCGCUGCUGCAUACCUGUAUGAGAAGAUGGCAAGAAAAGAAAAGAAGAAAAGGCGUUUCAGUGUUCAUCCUCUCAACAUCCAAAGAGACUUGAAAGGAGCUUUCAUAACCCUGUACGCUGACUUACGAGAAGAUGAAAUAAAGUUCUUCAAUUAUUUUAGGAUGAGCCCCAAAACAUUCGACGAAUUAUUUGGGAAAGUUGAAAGUCAUUUUCGUAUUACAAGGACCCACUCCAUGCCCAUUAGUCCAAUGGAGAGACUUUGUGUAACUCUGAGAUAUCUUGCAAGUGGAAAUACAUUCACCGAUCUUCACUACUCAUACAGAAUAGGCAUAACAACUAUAUCUAAAAUAGUGCGUGAAGUAUGUAUGAUUUUGUGGUUGGUGCUGAGAAACGAGUGCAUGACUGAACCAUCUUUAGAGAGAUGGAAAGAAAUCAGCCUUGUCUUUGAAAAUAAAGCAAACUUUCCCAACUGUCUGGGGGCAGUUGACGGGAAGCAUGUUCGUUUAGUGAGACCACAACACAGUGGGUCACUUUUUAUGAACUACAAACAUUUUUUUUCUGUUUGUCUGAUGGCCAUUUGUGACGCCAAUUACUGUUUUACUUUCAUUGACGUAGGGGCUUAUGGGAGAAAUUGUGAUUCCACUGUAUUUCAAAAUAGUUUAUUUUGGUGUAAGAUGACUAACGGAAUGCUUGACAUCCCUCCACCAAAGCCACUACCAGGAACUGUUAACCCUAUACUGCCUCAUGUAUUAGUUGCAGAUGAAGCUUUCUCUCUCAGUGAACAUGUGCUAAGACCUUAUUCCAGGAAACAUCUGAAUCACAACAAGAGAGUAUUCAACUAUCGGUUGACCCGGGCUCGAAGAUAUGUUGAGUGUACUUUCGGGAUUCUAAGCAACAAAUGGCGAAUUUUCCAUCGCCCUUUAAACGUUGAAACAAAUCUUGCUGUGGACAUUGUAAAAGCCUGUUGUGUUCUGCACAACUUCAUUAGAGUCAGAGACGGUUUCGAUUAUGAAGACACACUGACAGUGGUGGGGUUCGAAGAUUUCAGACAAGGGCUAUGCAACAGAGGAGGUGGUCAGUCGAAUGCUUCAAUAAGGGACAAUUUUUCACAGUACUUCUUGGGUGUUGGUAGUGUGCCGUGGCAGGAAUCAAUGAUUUAAACUAUGAAGAAUUAAUUAUAAGAGUAUUAUGUGUUGUGGUUUGUAAUUUCGUCAUGUAACAAAAACAAGAUCAGUGCAAUUGCCUGUAAAUUAAAUAAACAAGAAACCAAAUAGAAAAUAAGAACUCACCUAAUUUUUUCUUUAGAUUGUCAUCAGCUUCAUCAAAUGUAGGGAUGAUAUUGCUACAAAUCUCUUCCCACGCUUUAUUCCGCAGAUCUCGGU